AUGUCGAAAACACUUCCCCUGCUGGUUCGUCUCCCCGAGCCAUGGAAGACCUCGUAUGAGCUCCUGGUAGUUGAAUACGAGCUCACUGUGCGCAAACUUCAGCUGCAUCACUCUCCUCGGGCAGACGAUGGUCCUCUGCCGCCGCAGCCGUUACAUCAUGAGUCCUUGACGUUCACCGACUUGACUCUGCCUCGGUCCUUGACUGUUCCGGAUGAGGGCAAUAACCUGGCAUGGGCAAGAGCACAACGAAGCCCUAUUACACACAUCUCCUGGUCUGGACCUACACCCACAGUGGGUCAGAUAUGGAACGUGGUCCACGCAAUCGAGAUGCUGCACGAUGACUACGAGAUCUUUCGUGCGGGUCUAUCAGGAGAGGGCCAGGAGCUACUAGAACGAGAGCUCCUGGCAGUUGGACUCGCCACGCCCCAUCCCAAGCCUUCCUCACCUCCAGGGAGGCCGAUUCCCACCUCGACAGACCAUACGGGACAGUUGGUAUUUUCCCGCAGCAGCUUUUGGCAGGGGGCAGGCUCCCCGUUUGGUGCUCGGCCAGCAUGGGUGGCUGACCCAGGUAUCCACAACCACCUACGCACGCCGUUAAACUUAUAUCCCAGUCGACCGUUGGAGUAUACAUUGACAACGGAAUUUCCCAGGCGCCAGGUGCACGCGUUGCACCCAGUACGCCCUCCCAAGCCGGCACCGGGGUCGCGUAUCUACAGCCGGUAUAUUCCCGCCCUUGGGGAGUUCUUCUCCGUAUAUGCCCUGGACUACACCAACGAGCAGCAUCUGCAGCUCUUUCACACAUGGCAGAACGACCCCAGGGUGGCCGAGCAGUGGAAGGAGACAGGCACACUGGAUGAACACCGUGAAUACCUACGGCAGAUCCAUGAGGAUCCCCAUCAAAUGGCCGUGCUGGCCAAAUUUAAUGAUAUCUUCUUCUCCUACCACGAGAUCUACUGGGCCAAGGAAGACCAUCUCGGUGCGCACUACAACGCCGGCAAUUGGGACCGCGGACGGCACUCUCUCGUCGGUGAUACUCGGUUCAGGGGGUCCCAACGGGUGAUUGCAUGGUGGUGCAGUCUGAUGCAUUACAUCUUCCUGGACGAGCCUCGUACUGAGUACGUGACGGGGGAGCCCAAGUUUGCCCACCAAGUUCCGCUGGCUUACGACCAUGCUACGGGCAUGAACCUGGCCAAGGUCAUUGACCUGCCUCAUAAACGAUCGGCGUUGAUCUUGGGGAGUCGGGACAAGUUCUUCCAUGUCGCGCCGAUGCGUUUCGACGGUGUAGAAAAUUUGGAUCGUGAUCCAUAUGGCGUGUUGAAGCUAUAG